AUGGAAGCACCAAAAUAUCCGAUCAACCACCACGGCACCACCGCAAGCACCGCCCCAGCUGCAACGCCUGCGCCCUCUCCCCUCUCGCUCUCUCUAAACCCCAGGUACCGCGGCGCGGCGAACGCCGGCGAGAUGGCAGGAGCCCUCGCGCGACCGCGCAACGCUAGCGACGACCGCAUCAACGAGCUACCGGAAGUGCUCCUCUCGGACAUCCUCUCCCGCCUCGGUAUCGCAGAAGCGGCCCGCACCGUCGUCCUCUCCACGCGCCUCCGCGACGCGUGGCUCGCGACCCCCCUCCGCCUCGACGACCUGGAGCUCCCCGUCCCCGCACGCGGCAAGGUCCCCUCGAUCGAGCCCUGGACGGCGCGCGCCGACGUCGUCACCCGCGCCCUAGCCUCCCACCCCGGCCCCGUCGCGCUCUUCCGCCUCUCCCGGACCUCCUUCCGCGGCCGCGUCCCCGCCGCCGAGGCCUGGUUCCGGAAGCUCGCCGCCAAGCGGGCCCGCGAGGUCUCCCUCUGCUUCUCGCCCGAGUGGUGCCACGACGCGCUCGCCGACCCCCUUCUCGGCUGCCCAACCCUCCAGGUCCUCGCCCUUGGCAAGUGCCACCUCUCCGACGCCGGGGCCUCAGCCGCCGCCGCCGCCGCCCUCACCGAGCUCACCCUGUCGGAAACCUGCAUUUCCGAGGCCGCCGUUCAGAGCGUACUCUCCGGCUGCCCCGCGCUGCGCAGCCUCGUGCUCAAGCACGUCCACGGCCUUCAGCGCAUCCGCGUCUCUUCUUGCCGCAGUCUCGUUCUGCUCGGUGUGUGGCACUACAAGCAGCUCGACGAGAUCACCGUGGAGGAUGCCCCUUGCCUCGAGCGCCUUCUCGGCAAUAUGCGUCUGAAUGCAGCCAUUACCGUCACUGGCGCGCCAAAGCUUACUGCUUUUGGCUAUGCCGUGGUCAGCAUCCCGCAUUUGUUCCACGGCGAGCGUGCGCCGCAGGGCGUCAACAAGGGUCUGCGUGCCCCGAUCCAUAGCGUGAAGAUCCUGGCUAUCAGUGUGAAGUUCUCAAGCAAGAAGGACAUGGAGAAGGUGAUGAGCUUACUCGACAGCUUUCCCUGCUUGGAGACUUUGCAUUUCCAGUCCUCAGAUUACAGGUCAGGUGCAGACAAGGAUUGCACCACUGUCUCUGACUACAUCCAGAAGCGUUAUCCCAUCAGGUGUGUUGCGAGAUAUCUCAAGAGCGUUAUACUGGAAUGCGAACAACACAACCCUGGCAUGCUUGAGUUUGCAUGUUUUCUCCUUGCUAGAGCACAUGUGCUGCAGUUCAUGAGGAUUCAGUCCGAGAUGUGCGACAUUCCAAAAUGGGUUACAGAGCAGCAAAAUCUGCUCAGCCAAAGCAACAUGGCCUCCUUGGAAGCUGAGGUCGUGUUUGAGGGUAUGAAACAACGCAAGGACUUCACCAUAGAAGGUGUGAAUGCUCUAUCUGACCCCUUUGACGGUGGCAUCAACAUCUUGGGGCACUAA